AUGACGGGUGCGUACGCAGCUCAAGUCGGCGUCGUCGCUCUGCCGAGCUUCGUGCAGAACAUGACUGCGAGCCUGCACCUCCUCCGGACACGCUUCUGGAGCGCGCCACACCGCCGUCUCAAGGCCGUGAUCAAAGCAGGCAUCCAAGGCACUGCCCGUGGAGCUCGCUUGGCAACAGAGCUCGAGGGCUCGUUCAAGAGACUGAAUCGCCAGCGCCUCCAGUCUAUGCAGCGGAGAAAACAAGCGCUGUAUCAAAUCCAGAAAUCCGUCAUUGAAGCCUUUACGGCCUUUCACAGACACGAGAAAUUCGUCGGCGAGUACAACCGCAGAAGCGCCGAACUCGAGGUGGCCGAAGCGAUGAUGUCCGUCGCGAUUGCCGCGCUCGACAAACGCUCCUUGGAGAAUGUCAACCGUAACAUGAAUGGCAAGGGCAAAACGAAGGCGAAGAAGGGGCGGAGGAAGAACGUAAAGGGCACUGUGUUAGACAAGGCGAAGGCACGCGCAUUCUCCAGAGCAAAGACGAAGCUGGAGAACAAUCUGGAGGCGAAGCGGGCCAAGGUGAAGGCGAACGAGUUGGCGCGCCUCAACAUGAGUGGGAAGGUGAUGAAAAAGAUGAAGGAAAAGAGAAGGGAGAAGGAAAGGGCACAGGCGGCCGCGCGUCGUAUCAAGGAACAGCAACGAACUACCACCUCCUUCGAGCAUAGCUACGUGGCCGUCGCGGUGGCGCUGCGGUCGUUUGCAGUGCUCCGAAAGGCCCUCGAUCUGCCCCCGUUCCCAGGCCUGAAGAAGAAGGAGAGACUGCUGCAUGCGCAGCUCGAGGAGGUCCAGAAAGUCCUUCGCACGAGCAUCAAGCCGUGGACGCCAGAGGUCGUCGUCAGGACUCUGAAGAACGUCGAGGCGAAUCAGAGGCGCAUUGUGCGCGUGCAGGACACUGUGAUGCGCCUUCUAGGGCGUCACGGCACCUUGAUGAAGGCCCACACGAAGACGCUGUC